AUGCUUCCUCUUAUCACUUUCUGCGCUACACUUAUUGCAUUAUCUUAUUCAAUCCCCGUUGAUAACGGUGUCGAAGGUGAGCCAGAAAUUGAAUGCGGACCAACUUCGAUAACCAUCAACUUUAAUACACGUAAUGCAUUCGAAGGACAUGUUUACGUGAAAGGUCUUUUUGAUCAAGAAGGUUGCCGUAACGAUGAAGGUGGACGUCAAGUUGCUGGAAUUUCACUUCCCUUCGAUUCUUGCAAUGUUGCACGUACACGAUCUCUCAAUCCACGAGGUAUCUUCGUAACGACCACUGUCGUAAUCUCCUUUCAUCCACUGUUUGUCACAAAAGUUGACCGUGCAUAUCGGGUACAGUGCUUUUAUAUGGAGGCCGACAAAACGGUCAGCACCCAGAUCGAGGUGUCCGAAAUCACAACUGCCUUUCAAACUCAGAUUGUCCCCAUGCCUAUUCUGGAUGGCGGACCAACCGGACAACCAAUUCAAUUUGCUACUAUUGGCCAGCCGGUUUAUCACAAAUGGACCUGCGAUUCUGAGACUGUUGAUACCUUUUGCGCAGUAGUCCAUUCCUGCUUUGUUGAUGAUGGUAACGGUGAUACCGUGGAAAUUCUGAACGCAGACGGUUGUGCUCUCGAUAAAUACUUGCUAAACAAUUUGGAAUAUCCAACAGGCAAGUGA